AUGUCUGGUUAUAUUUUCGAGAAUGAUUGUAUAGAACAACAACAAGAAGAAAUGGUCAAUAAUUUUGACACUUUUCUGAGUAAAUCAAACACAGUCGAUGUUCAGUUCAUUUUUUUCUGUUCUCGUAGCGAAUUGAUACAAAAAAAAAGCAAGUUAAACGACAAAAACAUGACUUACGAGUGUGAAGAUGACGCAAAUCAUCAUUUGAUACUUUAA